GCCCACAACAUGAGGGUGAUGAAGUUCAGUGUGAGUCCCGUGGUCCGAGUCGCUGUGGAGGCCAAGAAUCCAGCUGAUUUGCCCAAACUGGUGGAGGGCCUGAAGCGCCUGGCCAAGUCAGACCCCAUGGUGCAGUGCAUCAUCGAGGAGUCCGGGGAGCACAUCAUCGCUGGAGCUGGAGAACUGCACCUGGAGAUCUGCCUUAAAGACUUGGAGGAGGACCACGCCUGCAUUCCACUGAAGAAAUCAGACCCAGUGGUGUCUUACAGAGAGACAGUGACAGAGGAGUCAGACCAGAUGUGUCUGUCUAAGUCCCCCAACAAGCACAAUCGUCUCUUCAUGAAGUCCCGCCCCUUCCCAGACGGCCUCGCUGAAGAUAUCGAGAAGGGCGAGGUCACCUCUCGGCAGGAGCUCAAAGCCCGUGCCCGCUACCUCGCUGACAAGUACGAGUGGGAGGUGACAGAGGCCAGGAAGAUCUGGUGUUUUGGUCCGGACGGAACCGGACCCAACCUGCUGAUAGACGUCACAAAGGGGGUUCAGUACCUCAAUGAAAUCAAGGACAGCGUCGUGGCCGGUUUCCAGUGGGCAACUAAAGAGGGUGCYCUCUGUGAAGAAAACAUGCGCGCCAUCCGCUUCGACAUCCAUGACGUUACGCUUCACGCAGACGCCAUUCACCGGGGUGGAGGGCAGAUUAUCCCCACAGCUCGUAGAGUCCUGUACGCCUGCCAGCUCACUGCUCAGCCUCGACUCAUGGAGCCCGUCUAUCUGGUGGAGAUACAGUGCCCAGAGUCGGUGGUCGGCGGGAUCUACGGCGUGCUGAACAGGAAACGUGGGCACGUGUUUGAGGAAUCCCACGUGAUGGGAACGCCCAUGUUUGUGGUGAAAGCCUACCUGCCUGUCAACGAGUCCUUCGGGUUUACAGCUGACCUGCGCAGUAACACUGGAGGCCAGGCCUUCCCUCAGUGUGUAUUCGACCACUGGCAGAUUCUCCAGGGAGACCCCAGUGACCCCAARAGCAAACCCUUCCAAGUUGUCGGUGAUAUUAGAAAACGUAAAGGUCUAAAAGAGGGCAUACCUGCUCUAGAUAACUACUUGGACAAAUUGUAAACACCGAUCCUGGAUCAUAAAAUACCAAAUCCGUACCAAACCCUACCCAUCGGGCACUUUAAAACCUUUGCACAGGCUUACAGAUCCAUCGCACAAGUUGAUUUGACGUUAAGUCCAGAGCAGAAACAAGGAGAGCAGCAAUGCUUUUUUUUUUAAUUGUUUCAUUUUCACAGCUACCGUACACCAAGUGCCUGGGCUAAGGGAUUUGGGAAACAAUUGGAUCCAAGCAAUUAUUCCUCAUUUCUUCUAUUCCGUCACAUCAUCCCUCUUUUUCRUUCCUCUCAUCUGCCAAGAUGGGCCUGUUAAUUGCACUGUGAUACUGCUGCAAUAAUGCUUGUUUCAAUGGAUUAUAGCCAGAAAUCACAAUAAAGUGUUACAGAAGUCAAAUUUGCUGGAUUGGGCUUUUGUUCAGUGGAUAUAACAAAUAAAAAGAUCAACCCAU